CGGAAAAACACCCGAUUUACACCACUCUUUUCACCAUCUGUCGCAAUGGGUAAAGGUCGUCGUAUGAAGAAGCAAGGCCCUCCGGCUCCGCUGGAUGAGUCUAAAAUCUCGAUCCUCAAGAAUCGCAAGGCUGCCGAGGCCCAGUCGAAGGCCGCGCCGGGACAGAAGCGGAGAAGAGAUGAUGUCGAAGAGGAGGCGCCUGCGAAGAAGAAGAAUGUGCAGAAGAAGACGAACGGUGCUGCCAAUGGCAAGCCUGCUAAGAGCGCCGAGCCGCCGAAGAAGCCCGCUGCGAAGAAGAUGGAUUUCAUGGAAUCGGACGACGAAGAGGUCUCGGACGACGACAUGGAAGACCUUGAGGGAGGCGACGACGAGUUCGGUGAUUUGGACGGCGUCAGCGAUGGAUCGAUUGGCUCCGAUGAUGACGAUGAAGGCGAUUCGGUCAUGGACUCUGACGACGACGAAGAUCACCCCCGGGAGACUAUGUUCUCUGACGACGAAUCUGAUGCCGAGGAGCAGCUGACGGCGGCUAAUAUCGAGGGAUUGUCUCGGAAAUUGGACCUGGAGAAGCAGGCAGAAGCGGAUGAGGCUGAACAAGAAUUGCAGGAGGCAGCCAUGCAGACCAACAUCGCUGGUGACCGACCGGAUGUGUUUGAAGAAGGUGGUGCUGGCCACGGUCUAGCCCCCGAUCUCCAACUGCUCCGUACGAGAAUCACAGACACCAUCCGAAUCCUGGGUGACCUGAAGACAUUGGGCCAGCCCGGCAAGUCGCGCGCCGAUUACCUGCAGCUGCUUCUGUCCGACAUCUCGACCUACUACGGAUACACCCCGUUCCUGGCGGAAAAGCUUUUCAACCUCUUCACUCCCAUGGAAGCGUUCGCCUUCUUCGAAGCCAACGAAACCCCGCGACCCGUCGUCAUCCGUACGAACACUUUGCGCACAAACCGUCGGUCUCUGGCCCAGGCCCUGAUCAACCGUGGUGUUGUUCUGGAGCCUGUUGGCAAGUGGUCCAAGGUCGGUCUUCAGGUCUUCGAGUCUGCUGUUCCUCUGGGUGCCACGCCCGAAUACCUGGCAGGUCAAUACAUUCUGCAGGCCGCGUCUUCUUUCCUCCCCGUCAUGGCUCUGGCCCCGCAACCCAACGAGCGAGUCCUGGAUAUGGCCUCUGCCCCCGGUGGUAAAACUACAUACAUCUCCGCUCUGAUGCGCAACACCGGUUGCGUGAUCGCAAACGAUGCCAGCAAGCCCCGUGCCAAGGGUUUGAUCGGUAACAUCCACCGUCUCGGAUGCAAGAACACCAUUGUUACCAACCUGGAUGCCCGCACUGCGUUCCCCAAGGCUCUCGGCGGUUUCGAUCGCGUUCUUCUCGAUGCCCCCUGUACCGGUACCGGCGUUAUCUCCAAGGAUCCCAGCGUGAAGACCUCCAAGAACGAGCGUGACUUCCUCGCCAUCCCCCACAUGCAGCGCCAGCUUCUCCUCGCCGCCAUCGACUCCGUCGACCACUCCUCCAAGACCGGCGGCUACCUCGUCUACUCCACCUGUUCCGUCACGGUAGAGGAGAACGAAGCCGUCGUGCAGUACGUUCUGCGCAAGCGCCCCAACGUCAAGAUCGUCGACACCGGCCUCGGCGAUUUCGGUAGCCCCGGUUUCUCCAACUACAUGGGCAAGCACUUCGACGCCAAGAUGCCCAUGACCCGCCGCUACUUCCCCCACCGCGAGAACGUCGACGGUUUCUUCGUCUGCAAGCUGAAGAAGACCGGCCCCAGCCCCUCCGAGACGACCGCUGCCGACGGUACCGCUUCGUCCGCCGCCGACUCCAAACCCUCCGACGCUCGCUCCGCCACCUCGGACGAUGAGUCCGUCGACAAGACCCCCAUCACCGACGAGGACGGCAUGGCUCUGGACACCGAGGGUGGAGCCUUCGCUUCGUUCGAAGACGAAGAGGCCGACCAGGAGCGCAUCCUCCGCGCCGAACGCAACCGUCUCCGUCGCAAGGGUCUCAACCCCAAGGGCGUCCUGAACAAGCCCAAGAAAUCUAAGCCCGAGUCGUCGACACCCGAAGAAGCCCCCAAACCUGCCGCCGCGCCCUCUCCCAAGCAGGACGAAAAGAAGGCCGCCAAGAAGACCGAGGAACCUGCCGCCGAGAAAAAGAAGAAGCCCGCCGCCGCCGCCGCCGCUCCCUCUCCCAAGCAAGACGAGAAGAAGAAGGCCAAGAAGACCGAGGAAUCUCCCGCCGAGAAGAAGAAGCCCGCUGCUCCGGAGCCCAAGACCAAGGCCACCGCCGAAAAGCAGUCCAAGAAACCGCAGGAGUCGAGCGAGAAGAAAAAGACCAAGAAGAAGUCAUCCAAAUAGAUGAACCACGUACUCGUCUUUCCCUUCUACCCUCUCCUGUAUAAUUUUUCUUCCUUCUUCUUUAUAAACCCUGGAUUUGUCACCUUUUUUCUUUGAUAUAAAAAGCACCUUUUCUGUUCUCAUGUUACUUUCAACGAAUGUUUCCUGGUAUGGGCGGCGCAUGCGCAUCAUUUUCAUUGAUCUUGUUUGACGGACCGACUUGUAGGUAGCUGUCGAAAUCAAUCCAAUCCAAU